AUGAUCUAUGUUCAUUUAAUACCUCAUUCUCAUGAUGAUGUUGGAUGGCUCAAGACCUAUGAAGAAUAUUAUUAUGGUUUGAAUAAUAAAGUGUAAUGGGCUGGAAUACAAUACACUAUUGAUAGUGUUGUCAGAUCAUUAUUCUUUGAUUAGACCAAGAAGUUUAUCUAAGUAGAAAUUGCUUUUUUUAAAUUAUGGUGGGAUGAAUAAAAUGAUGAUGCGAGAAAUAAGACUAAAUAUUUAAUUAAAAAUGGAUAAUUGGAAUUUAUAAAUGGAGGAUGGUGUAUGAAUGAUGAGGCUACUGCAUACUAUGAAGAUAUUGUUGAUUAAAUGACUUUGGGACAUCAAUGGAUCCUAGAUCGUUUCUAAAUUAAACCAACUAUAGGGUGGUAAUUAGAUCCUUUUGGUCAUACAUCUGCAUAAGCUGAGUUAUUUGCUCUCAUGGGUUUUGAUGCUUGGUUUUUCAGUCGUAUAGACUAUUAAGAUAUGAAUUUAAGGAAAUAGCAAUAGAAGAUGGAGUUGAUAUCUACGGUUGAUCAAUACUCCAUAUUUACACACAUCAAUUAUAAUCAUUAUGAAGCACCUCCUCAGUUUAGUUUUGACUCUUUGCAUUCCUAAGAUCCGAUUGUGGACAAUUAAAAUAGCAUACAUUACAAUGUAGAUAAAAGGGCAGAAGUAUUAGUGGACUAUUUUAAAUCACAAAACUAAAGUUAUUUAGGCAAUGUCUUAAUGCAUACUUUGGGUACAGAUUUUGGUUGGUCUAAUGCUCCUAUGUAUUAUACAAAUAUAGAUCGUUUGAUCAAAUAUAUUAAUGCCAAUAAGCAAAAAUACAAUAUGCAAAUUAUUUAUUCCACUCCAUCUUAAUAUCUAUAAGCUAUUAACUAAUUAAACUUAUAAUAUCCAACUAAAGAAGAUGAUUUUAUGCCAUAUGCUGAUAGACCUAAUGCUUAUUGGACAGGAUAUUUCACAAGUAGAGUAUCAUUAAAAUUGUUAAUAAAAUAAUUAGGAAGAUUUGCUUAAAUUUAAAGAAGAUUUAUAUCAACUUUGUUAUUAAAUGGCAAAUCUUAGUAUAUAUAAGUGAAUCGCCAAUAAAUAUUAGAUGCUUAAAACAUCUUGGAUCAAGCUUUGGCAACCAACUAACAUCAUGAUGCAGUCACAGGAACAGCCAAACAACAUGUUACAAAUGAUUAUAUUGAAAUGUUAUGUAAUGGACAUCACAAGAUUAGUCAACAACUCUAUCAAAUAAUGAAAGAACUUAUUGAGUUUGAAAUUCAAGAUGAAACAUCUCAAAUAGUGUUUGAAGAAUGCAAUUUUAAUUAAACUGCUUCAUCUUGUAAACUUGUCUACGAAUAAUUAAAGAAUGGAAAUGCUGUUUAGAUGAAUAUGAUUGAAAAUAAGAACCUUCCACUAUAGGAUUACGUGAGAAUUAAAGUACCUAAAUUAAAUCUGACCAUCUAUGAUUAAACAAACAAAAUCGUAAUUGGUGAUAUUAUUUGUAUUAAUAAUGACGAUGAUUGUGACUUGUAUUUCAUUUACAAUAGAAAUCCAAAAUAAAUUAUUGAAUAUUUUAGAAUAUUACCAAAUCAAGAAAACCCAAGUGCAAUUAUAGUUCCACCUCAAACAGAAUCCUUAACAUAUAAUAGUUUUUCAGAUUACAUUUCACUUAACAACUCUAAGUAAUUCAAAUUAACUUACAAAUAUUAUAUCUCAUCAGAAGAUAAAUAAUAUAGUGGUGCUUAUAUCUUUAGAACUAAUGAUGAAGCUCUAGAAUUUGGAGAAAUAAAAACACAUAGAUUAUACUUAGGUAGGCUAAUUCAAAUAUUCUAUAUUGAGAGAGAUUAAGUUCAAACUAAAAUUAAGAAAUUUGAACACAUCGAAGAUACAUAUGAAAUUGAAUCAUAUAUAACUGAUAUACCAAUUCAAAAAGAAAAUGGUAAAGAAGUAGUAAUGAUAAUCUCAACAGACAUUUAAAAUGAUGAUACUUUUUACACAGAUAGCAGUGGUAUGAGAUUGUAAUAAAGGAAAUUAAAUUAUAGACCUACUUGGGAUUUGGAAGUUCAUCAACCAGUAGCAGGGAACUAUUAUCCAGUUAAUGGAAUCUUGUAAAUUUAGAAUAAUCAAACAGGAGAAGUUGCAGCACUUUUAAAUGAUAGAUCAUAAGGAGGCACAAGUUUACAUUCAGGGGAAUUGGAAUUGAUGAUUCAUAGAAGAUUAUUAAAGGAUGAUGCAAGAGGAGUUGGAGAACCCUUAAAUGAGAAAUAAUCUAAUGGUAGAGGACUAAAUCAAAACUUUUAGCAUACAUUAACAUUCUUUAAUAAAAAUAAUUAACCUAAUCAAGCAAGAUAUUUCUAAUAUCUUUAAGAUUUAAAGCCAAUUAUUAUUUUCAGUAAUUGUAAAAAUGAAUUAUUCCCUUAACCUGUGAAAUCAUUUAAAAUUACAUAUCCAAGAGAUUUAGAGAGAAUGUUUACACCAAAUAGUUAAGCUAUUACAAAAUUUUAUCUAUAAACUAUUGGUGUUGAUUAAUAUAUCUAUCGAAUUCAUAACUUGGGAGAAGAAGGAACAUUCUAAGUACCAGAGUUAGAUUAAUUUUAAAUAGUAGAAACUACUCUGACAGCUAAUCAGUUGUGGACUGAAUGGUUAGAGAAGAAAUUAAAUUGGAAAGUAUAGGAAGGACUACAAUAGCCGAAGGACUAACCAGUACACAAUGAAACUGUGUUACCUUAACAACUAAGGACUUUCAGACUUACAAAAAAGAGUAAUUCUAAUUAAUGA